CCUCGAUAAUACAAGAGAUCAUAUAGCGGCGACUCUCGAUGUUCCCCAAGCACCCAAUAUCGGUAAAUAUCUUGGUUUCCCUGUGGGGGUGGGAAGAAACAAAAAGGAGAUACUUUCCUUUAUUGAAACAAAAUUUCAACAUAGAAUUGGUGGGUGGGGGAAGAAAAUCCUUUCUCGAAAAUCCUUCCUCUACUAUCUUCCUAUCUCUUUCUGUGAAAGACUUGAAAAGCUUUGUAAUAAAUUUUGGUGGCAAUCAAAAUCUGGGACUGGCAGUGGGGUUCAUUGGUUGUCUUGGGAUUGCCUUUGUGCUUCUAAACAUAAGGGUGGAUUGGGCUUUAUUUAAGAAAUUGCAUUUAUUUAACAAGGGAUUGGAAUCUGAUCUAAAUUCCUGAAUCUAUGCAGCAUCCAUUCGAUUCGUGGACGCAAACCAUGUGGCCAGACUCAUUUAAAAAACUUCAGCCUCAUCUUAACACUUCUUUCCUUCCAUGGUUAUCAGGAAUUUUUGUUUCAGAGUUGAUGCUGCGUUUUAUCCAGAGACCGGAAAAGCUUUCUAUGGGGCAGUCAUCCUAUCUACUAAUAAUGAUUUUAUUGCAACUAAAAACGGGCCUCUUCGUUGUAUAGGAGAUCCACAUACGGCUGAAGCUAUGGCGGUGAAAGAUGCCCUAUCUUGGAUGAAGAAUGAAGCUUGGAAAAAUGUACGGGUGGAGAUGGUUCUCAAGCUGAUUGGCAUACUUGCCUAUUUGAUAUUCCUCAUUGUAUUCAACAUUUCUUCUAUUAAUAAAUUUUAUGUUAUCUUCAAAAAAUAUAUCUGUAUAAACAAAUCAAUUUACGGAGUUAGCUUACGAAAAUAGCAUAGAGGUAUAGAGGUGCGAUUGAGGAAUAUAAUGAAAAAUGGACGACACGGAUAUGUUUAAGAAAUGGAGGAAGAAGGUUGAGAUCGGAAUGAAUGAGAUCGAGGAA